CGCUCAGUCAUCGCUCGGUUGUAGGCGAUGCCGGCGCGCCGUAGAUGAGCGGCUCGCGCGCGCGCGCUCGCACGAGGAGCGCGGGCUCCUCGGGAUCUGCCGCGGGAUCUUGGCCGCUCGAUAAAUACUCGACGAGGAAGAAGGGCGAUCGGAUCUCUGGCCUCUCUCGUUCGCCGAUGUGUUUACGUGUUCCGAGGUGACUUUGAGGUGAUCGCGACAACGAGUAACGCGCAAUUGGAAGAUGUCGCCUCGCGGUGGCAAGUGCGCGCGUGUCAGCAAGGUGGCGACCAGCAAGGGGCGUCAAGCGCGCGCCCAGCACGUCUCUCUGGGUCUCGCGGGAACCGAGGAAACAACGACGACGAUCGCGACGAUGACAACGACAACGACGACGACGACGACGGCGAUGGCGACGUUGACGACAACGAUGACGUCGAAUGGAACGGCGGUCGCAGCGACGAGAAUGGACAAGCCCGCGGUGCACACGACGGCGUGCAACGUCGAGGGUCGAUCGCAGUGGUCCGGGCGCAUGCGCCAGUCCCUGGGGAGCAGCUCCGAGCCAGCCCGUGAAAACGGUACCCCGUUGCAUCGUUGUUAUCUGGAGAGGCAACGACGACGAGAGAGACACAUCGCCGCGGGGAGGAAGCAUCGACCGGCGAGGUGCGCCGAGAACGCCGCCACCGUCGCCGCCGGCUCCUCGUGCUCGUCGACGUCGUUGUCGUCGCCGCCGCCGGCGCUUUCCUCGCCCGCGUCCUCCUGCGCGUCCUCGCGUCGCUCGACCUCGCCGCCGUCGUGCGCCUCGUCGCCGGCGCGCUCCUCCACCUCGUCGUCGGUCACGAGCGAUCCGCUAGCGAUCAAACCGGAGGCCGGGAAGUGGAAGCGGAACACCGCGGGAACAAAGCAGGACAGCGACAGCGGAGCGGCGACUCAUGGAGCGACGGAAACGGCGACGAUUGUCUCCUCGACCACCGUGUCCACCGCGUCACCGUUCCCCUCUCCCGUGUCCACGUCCUCGGCGUCCUGCCGGACGACGACGACCACGCCGCGCGGCCACGUCGGCGAUCAGGUCGCGCAUCCGUCCUCGUCCGCCCUCGAGAGGCUGAGAAGUGUCCUUGAAAAUUACGAUCGCGGUCGAAUCUAUCUCGCCCACGUCUGCUACCUGGACUGGCGGGACCUGCCAGGUAAACGGCGCGGCGGAGGCCGCGAACGAGUGUGGGUGGUGGGGGCAGCGGAUCACGAGGGCCAUCAUCGGACGCGAUUGUUGGUGGCCGGCCGUCACUGGCGGCCACGUUGCUUACGCAAGGUCAACAUGCUGAGCCAGCCGGUGGUGUACGCUGGUGGCGGUAGGGGCUCCUUAACCGCCGAUCUCUUUCUCUGGUGGUUUCAUCAUGAGUUUGCCGUCACAGCCAUGGCGAUGCAUCCGGAUGGCGCCGUGUUGGUUGCCGAAAGCGCCGAUUACCUGCCAUCGGAGGGUGACUGCGUGGCCGCGGACGGCCUGGUGCGGCUGCUCGUGGUACCCAAGGACUGCAUGGAGACGCGGCUGGUGAUUCGAGAGCUGAGAGUGCGUCUGGCUACCGGGUUACUGUCGAAGGCCCGCUGCGGCGUUUAUCGCGAUAAAAUCUCCUCGACUUCGGGCGAUCAGGUGGCCGAUCAUCGGUUGGACGCGUACCUGAAAUGGUUCACGCUCAAAGAGGCAUUCGCGGAUUUCCAUCGCGCCUGGCUCAGCAUUCGGUCGGAUACUUUUGCUCGCAGUUGGACGUUGCCACGUGAUCGCGACGAUCACGCGCUAGCGGGACGUAACGGCGCCAUAUUGCCGUCCAGGAUCCAUGCGGUGGAUCAGGAGGAAGACAGAAUGCUACUCGUCGAGCUGCGGAAUCUUGCCAGAGAAGCCGGGUUGGAAGUCGACGACGAGGAACUCGGUAGAUGGAUCGUCGACGAGGAGAGCGCUUUGGCGCGGCUUGUCAGGAAGCAGGAGCCGGACGAGGAGCAGCAAGGAUGUCGAGUGAAGGUCGAGACGGAGGACAAAUGGUCGGAACGCAAUGGCGAAGAAGCUGAGGAUGGAAAUGAUGGCGUCGAUGAAGACGACGACGAGGACGAGCCGACAGCCGAGGAGGCUGUCGGGCUUCUCUCUAGAGUACUGACUUGGAUGGAGAGAGAGCCCCUCGAUCCAGGACUCUUGUUGGCGAUUAGAUCGAUGCGUGAUACCGCUGCACUUAUGGCAAGCAAAAUGGCAGGUCUGGCGGGAACGCAUCCGAGCGGGCUGCCCUUCUUUUGCCCAAAUGGGGACCAUCUGACGCAACCACCUCCCGCCCAUAUGGGCAUACCACCCUACGGGGCGCUGGACGCUGGCAAAGCGGCUGCCGCGGCCGGUCUCACGAGGGCACCGAUGUACCCUUUCUCGACGGGCCAGUAUCCAUAUCCCAUGCUUAGUCCAGAAAUGACGCAAGUCGCUUCUUGGCACACACCGAGCAUGUACCCCAUCUCGCCGGCGAAUGCCGGCUUCCGGAGUCCAUAUCCCACGAGUUUACCCAUCACGAGUUCCAGUUUACCAAGUGAUCUCUACCGGUUUUCACCGACGAGCCUCAUGCCGCCGCAUCCCGGUCUCAGCCCGCACGCACACGCGUUGGCGUCACACGCGUUGGUGUCCUCGGCGCCGAAGGCGGAUCACUCUACCCUGGAUCACAAUCACAGGUCUACGAUAGAACAGAAAAACUCCACGUUACCUACGGACAACGCGAAAGCCCAGGAUACGGGUCAGCAGAACAAUCAAGAUAAAAAGAAACCCCAUAUAAAAAAGCCUUUGAAUGCGUUUAUGCUGUACAUGAAGGAGAUGAGGGCGAAGGUUGUGGCAGAGUGUACCUUAAAGGAGAGCGCCGCGAUCAACCAAAUAUUAGGGAGACGAUGGCACGCGCUAGGGCGAGAGGAACAGGCCAAGUAUUAUGAGUUGGCGCGACGGGAGAGACAGUUGCACAUGCAGCUGUACCCUGACUGGUCUUCCCGCGCAAAUACCAACCGAACUAAGAAGAGGAAGCGCAAACAAGACACAAACAGUGAUCCUGGAGGCAAUAACAUGAAGAAAUGUCGCGCCAGGUAUGGAUUAGAUCAGCAGAGCCAGUGGUGCAAACCCUGCAGACGUAAGAAGAAAUGUAUCAGGUACCUUGGGGAGGGAGGAGACGGCGACGGUGAAGCCGACGGCGAGGCCGAGGACGAUCAUUCGGAGGAUAAUCUGGGCAGCGUAGGUGAGGCGGGAACUCCUGAGGACGAUGAGUCCCUUAGCAGUCCCGGAGGCCUGUCCGCAUUGUCUAGUCUGGCGAGUCCUUCGCUGGUCUUACCAUCGCCCUCGAGUCUGUCCAGUCCGUGUCCGUGUCCGUUGACACCUCCGGUGCCUCCGCCGCCCUUGUCGAACACGAGUCAAACGUCACACAAUCAACCGACGACAACGACGGCGGCAGCAGCGAUGGCUGGAGCGGCGGUGACGACAGCGGCGACGCAACAACCAGCUCCGCAACCCCAUCGCAACCCCGUCGGCACGAAUCCUCAUGACAUCAAUAAUCCGCUCAGCGUGAACCAGCUGACCGGACAGUGUAUAGUAAAGACCGAGCCCGCGCCCUCGGGCCCCUCCAAUCCGGCGAUCAGCGUCACGUAGCCCCGGCCGGACCCACAUGACCGAACUGUUGCUACAUGCGGUGUCAUCUACGGGGUCCGUCUACGUGUGCGCGCGAUGAGAAAGCCAGAUGACGAGGUGAUGAGAGAUUGGCGAAUGAGAGAAACUUUUUCAUCAUCACGGAAAGAUUUUCACUUUUGUUUCAAAAAGGAGGUUUUCGUUUUUUCGCCGAUCUGAUCAGGAGGGACCAGAGUUUUAGUAUUUUCGAAAAACGAAGAUAGUCCGAGGGAUCGCUCAUGUUGAUCGUGCUUCACUUAUGGGAAUCGCACAUGGGCUGCACGCUUUAAGCAGCAUCAUUAAUGAUUCAGAUUCUGGCACGAGAAAUCGUCGAUCGUCGCUUCGUCAUUGCGAAUGAUGGUGUUGCCUUCGAUUGUUUUCUCCUGACAUAGCCUCGCUCUUAUGCAUUCGCCGAAGUACAGGUCAUCCAGUGUCCCAUAUACACACAAAGUCGAAAAUAAGACAUUAUAUACAUGUGUAACAAAUGAAUAAAAACAAAUACGAUACAGAAAUACUCAGGACCAAGUAUUUGGCUGUAGUCACCCGCUCGGUAAAGAGAAAAAGGUGUAAGCGAGAUGUAUAAGCAUGAGAGAAUAUGUAUGCGUGUGUGCGUACGAAAUUAGGAAAGAGCAAAAGGUGCACGUCCAGUUAAAUAAUGUGACUGAAAGAACGGACUCGUUGGAGGUGCACGUGACGCAGCUUGUAGUCCUUGUUACGUUGUGAUGCCAAUGACUGAAAAGUCAUGUUCCUGUGCCAGCUACUAUACUCUAGGAAAGUAAUUAUAUUACGAACAAGUAGCUAAGAGCGUAAGGUGGAAGAGAGAACCGAGAAAAAAAACAGAACGGAAAUCGCGUGCGCGAUGCGUUUUAUUGUCAUUUGUUUAUUCGACCUCAUCUCUCAUAUAUAGGUGUCGAAAUACCUAUCCUCUAUGUAUAUGUAAUUUGUUAUUUUUUUAAAAGUCUAUACACAGUGCGGUUGAUUAGCAUGUAAGAUAUCCUUAAUAAUCCCUGCUCACUUUCUACCCGAAUACUUUUUCCUCGAAUACCUCUCUCUUCUAUAAACACAUGUUCUUUUUUCUUUAUCAUAAUAUUCCAUAUUUAGAAAUAAUG